GAAGUGAAGCAGGACUGAGGGACACAGGACUUUUUGUUCCUGUCUUCAGAGAAAGAAACGGGGAAAGAUUCUGGGAAGAUGAUGGAAUAGAUCAUUUUACAGAUGAGGAAAUCUCAUGAGUUUUGAGAUAAACAGGACAAAGUGACUUGCCCAGGAUCACACAGCUAGUAAGCUUCUGAGGACAGAUUGGAAGUCAAGAAGGAGCGACGAUGGCCGAGCGUUGGAGCGGAUUUGGGGAUAGCGACAGCGAUCAGGAGGUGGCGGCCGCUAGAAACAGGCAGUGGGAAGAGUUAUGGGGCACAGAGGAGAACGACUGGGGAGAAGAGGAAGACGAGGACGAGGACGAGGAACCCGAAGACAGGGAGGACGAAGACGAGGAGCCGGAGAGGGAGGACGAAGACGAGGACGAGGACGACGAAUGGCAGAGCGUGGUCGAGGGGAACUGGGAGGACGAGGAGGAGGAGGAGGACGAGGAUUGGGAGGAUGAAGAACAGCAACAGGUAAAGCUGGAGGAGAAGCCGGAAAGGAUGGAAGUCGAGCACCAUCCCCAAGAAGUGAAAGAGGAACAAGAGGAUGAGGAGGAGGACUCCCAGCUCUCUCUAGAGGCUCUUCGGGUGCUGGACAGGUUGAAGAUCAUGAACUGCCCAUUCCUGAAAGGUCUUUAUAAAAGUAAACUGAAGACAGCCAAACAGUUCCUGUGUACCCCCUCAAAUUACCGUUUGGAUAUUCUGGCAUGGUUAUUUGCACGAUUGUACCCCCCAUUUCAAGAAUCAUUUGAAACUUGGCAGGACUCUAAUGCUGAAGAGAAAAUAAUAGACCUGACCAGGCUUGGUCACAAACUGAAGCUGUGUGGGCCGGACGAUCAUGAUCUCAUUAAGGGAUGUGCCCAGGGGAAGCGACAGCUUGGAUUCAUGCAUGAAGCAAUCAAUCGGAUAGAAAGUUUGAGUUCUGAAUUUAGUGACAAGCCUGCCAGGCCACGGAGGGCAAAGACCAAGGUGGAAGAGCUUUCUGAAAAACUGAGUAAACUCACCGAAAUGCUGCAGGCACACAAGGAAGAGGUUCUCUGUCGUCAGGAGAGCACCAGUAGGCUGUUUUCUCCAAGUCCCCCCGGACUUCCCAAGCAGGACAAGAAAGCUGUAACUGAAGAUGUAGCUACUUCUCUGAAUGUGGAACAGAAGAAAGCCUGUAUGAGUGGAGGCGACUGCAUGAUGGCUUUGGGGAAGCAGUCUCUGCUUCCUAAACCAGCGACAACCCAAACUCCACAGCUUGGUGUCCCCUCCUUGGAAAGUGAAUUAGGGGCAUCUCCAUAAUGGCCACGACUCAGCAAUAUAUCUGGCCUAUUACUCAGUUAUAACAGAAAAAAAAAUAAGAAUAAAUAAUGAUAAAAAUUUAUGUAGCACUUUAAAGUUUGCCGAGCACUUUGCCAGUUAUAUCUCGUUCAAUUAUCUUAACAAUUCUUCAAGGGUCAAACUGUUGAUUCCUGGGAAAGUCUUAUAGCAGUUACAUAGGGAAGGCUCUAGUGGUCCCACCUCAGAAUGAAGAGUCUAUCUUCUAGAUCAAAGGGUACAUGACAGUAAGACUCGUACUCUAGUUAAGCUUUCCAUUUUCCAUAGAAACUAGUACUCUAUAGAAAAGCUCAUUUUUUAUAAAUUUGGCUCAGUUCCCUUUAUAUUUCAUAAGUGAUAUCCUUAUCAGAGAAACAUGCUGUGAAAAAAUUUCCCCAGUUUCCUGCUUUUCUUCUAAUUAUGGUUUUGUUUCUGCAAAAAAAACCUUUUAAUUUCAUGCAAUCAAAAUUAUCAUUUUGCCAUCACUUAUCUUCUAUUAUUUGGAUAUAAAUUCUUCCUUUAUCCAUAGAUUUAACAGAUAAGUUUUUCCAUGUUCCUCUAAUUUGCUUAUAAUAGCAUUUAUGUUUAAACCAUAUAUUAUUUUGACUUUUAUUUUGGUGUAUGGUGUGAGAUGUUGGUCUUUGCCUAAUUUCUGCAAAACUACUUUCUGGUUUUCUCUGGCAGUUUCUGUCAGAUCGUGGGUACUUGACCUAGUAGCUUGAAUCUUUGUAGUUAUCAAACAUUGGGUUGUUAUUGUCAUUUACUAUUGAGUAUUGUUUACCUAAUUUAUUUCAUGACCUACCACGUUAUUUUUUAUCUAGUACUAAAUUGUUUCUAUGAUAUGGCUUUGUAAUAAAGUUUAAAAGUUGGUAUUGUUA